AAAUCCCUAUUACUUCCAUCACCAACCACAAACCCAGUAUCCAAGCACAGAUCGAAAUCAACACGCUCGUCCACGCUGUAAUGGCAGAAAGGGUAGUUACCUUUGUUUUAGAUCACUUAGCCCAGCUUGCCGCACGCGAAGUUAACUUGCUGUAUGGCGUGGAGGAUAGAGUCCAGUCCCUCCAGUACGAACUUCAGAUGAUCAAAGAGCUCCUCAAUACCACAAAGAAAAAGAAGGGAAUGGAACAUACUGUAUUCAACCACAUCAGAGAUGUGGCCCACUUAGCUGAGGAUGUCAUCGACACUUUCGUAGCCAAAGUUUCCAUUUACAAGAGGAGAACCAUUAUGGGGAGGAUGCUCUGUGGCUUUGGCCAAGCAAGGUUGCUCCACAACGUAACCGACAAAAUUGACAAGCUCAAAACCACUCUCAAUGAGAUACGCGACAACAAGGACAAAUAUGACGCUUUCAAAGAAACCACUAAUCAAUCCACAGCAGAAGCAGAAGAGGAGGAGGAGAAGAAAAGGUUGCAAUCGCUACAGAAGCUAAGAAGAGAUGUGGAGGAAGAACAUGUGGUUGGCUUUGUCCAAGACUCCAAGGAUGUCGUCAAGAGACUCGUGGGAGGUGGUUCAACUCGUAAAGUUGUCUCUAUCGUUGGCAUGGGGGGAUUGGGGAAGACCACCCUUGCCCGAAAGGUCUAUAAUAGCAGCCAGGUGAAGAACCACUUCGAUUGUCGUGCAUGGGUUUAUGUCUCAAACGAGUGUAGAGUUCAUGAUCUUUUGAUUGACCUUCUUAAGCAUUUGAUGCCAAAUUUUGAACAGCAACGUAGAGGCAACAAAAGAGGUAAGAAAAGCGUAGGAGACAUUAACGACCUUAGUAACGAGGAACUGAAGAAAUUGGUGCGAAACUGCUUGGAGUGGAAAAGGUAUCUUGUGGUGGUAGAUGACCUGUGGAAAAAACAAGAUUGGGAUGAGGUGCAAGAUGCUUUUCCGGACAACAACAAAGGCAGCAUAAUAUUGAUCACUAGUCGUUUGAAAGAGGUGGCCUUGCAUGCUGGUGAUGAUGUUCCUCACUAUCUUCAAUUCCUGAGUGAAGAAGAAAGUUGGGAGUUGUUUGGCAGGAAAGUGUUCAGAGGUGAAAACUUGCCUUCUGAUUUGGAGCCUCUAGGAAAGCAAAUGGUUCAAAGUUGUCGUGGUUUGCCGCUCUCCAUCAUUGUUUUAGCAGGGCUGCUAGCCAACAAGGAAAAGUCACAUAGAGAAUGGUCUAAAGUGGUGGAUCAUGUUAAUUGGUAUCUCACUCGAGAUGAGACUCAGGUGAAAGAUAUAGUUCUCAAACUCAGUUACGACAACUUGCCAAGUAGACUAAAACCAUGUUUUCUCUAUCUUGGGUUAUUUCCUGAAGACUUUGAAAUACCUGUUACGCCAUUAUUGCAAAAAUGGGUUGCGGAGGGUUUUAUACAAGAUACAGGAAAUAGAGAUCCAGAUGAUGUUGCGGAAGACUACUUGUAUGAACUCAUCAAUCGCAGUUUGGUCCAAGUAACAGGAGUGAAAUUUAAUGGAGGUUUAGAGAUGUGUAAGGUUCAUGAUCUUCUUCGAGAUCUUUGCAUAUCAGAGAGCAAAGAGGACAAAGUGUUUGAAGUUUGCACAAACAAUAACAUUCUAAUCCCUACCAAACCUCGCAGACUCUCCAUUCACAGUGACAUAGGUCAUUACAUUUCUUCAAGCAACAAUGACCAUUCAUGUAUUCGUUCCCUGUUUUUCUUUGGGCCACAUUAUGAGGUUCAUGGCAGAGAGUGGAAAUGGCUUUUGGACGACUUCAAAUUGGUUCGAGUGUUAGAGUUUGGACCUAACAGUUGCCACAAGAUCCCUUCCAAUUUAGGAAACUUCAUCCACUUAAGCUUCCCACAGCUGGAAGUGUUGGAAAUUAAAUAUAUGCGACUUCGAAAGUGGGAAAUAGGCAAUGGUGCAAUGCGGAGGCUUCAAAAUGUGAUUAUCCACAAAUGUCCACUGUUAGAUAAUCUCCCAACUGAACUAUUUUUUUUGAAUGAAUUGAGAAAAGUGAAUAUAACGGAAUCUCCCUCAGAACAAAUGGCGCACAUCUUACAAAUUUUAGAAACAAAUAAUAGAGUUGAAGUUGUUAUAGGGACUACCUCUUGA